ACAUUCAUGUUCCUUCUCUUUGUCUCCCUCCUUCGUUUGCGAUCACAAAAAAUUAAAUUCAUUGUCAAUGAAUGGGGACAUUUCAGAGCUUCAGAAAGGCCUAUGGUGCUCUUAAGGACUCCACCAAGGUUGGUCUUGCCAAGGUCAAUAGCGAAUACAAGGAUUUGGAUAUUGCAAUCGUAAAGGCUACCAAUCACGUAGAAUAUCCUCCUAAGGAACGUUAUGUUCGAAAGAUCUUCGAUGCAACAUCAGCGCAACAACCACGAGCAGAUGUGGCUUACUGCAUUCAUGCACUGUCCCGGAGACUAUCCAAAACAAGAAGUUGGGUUGUUGCUAUAAAGAUUUUAAUAGUCAUUCAUAGGACUUUAAGAGAGGGCGAUCCUACCUUCACAGAAGAACUUCUAGGCUUCUCGCGCAGGGGAAAUGUUCUCCAAAUAUCCAAUUUUCUAGAUGAUUCAAGCCCUACAGCUUGGGAUUGUUCUGCAUGGAUCCGAAUGUAUGCUCUAUUUUUAGACGAAAGACUACAAUGUCUUAGAAUCCUUAGAUAUGACAUUGAAUCUGAGCAUUUACCUCUCACAUCAAUUGUUACUGAGGCACAUAGCAGAACGCGCAUGUUACGUUCUGAUGAGCUGCUGGAACAAAUACCUGCGCUUCAGCAACUUCUUUACCGGCUUAUUGGUUGUCAGCCUGAAGGAGCAGCCUAUAACAUUUUUCUCAUACAGUAUGCACUGGCGUUGGUACUAAAAGAGAGCUUCAAAAUAUAUUGUGCAAUCAAUGAUGGAAUUAUAAAUCUCGUGGACAUGUUCUUUGAUAUGUCAAGACAUGAAGCAGUGAAGGCUCUAAAUAUAUAUAAAAGAGCAGGCCAACAGGCUAAACAUCUCGCCAAUGUCUAUGAAUAUUGCAAGGGCUUGGAUCUUGCCAGGAAUUUUCAGUUCCCAACGCUACGGCAGCCACCUCCAUCUUUUAUUGCCACAAUGGAAGAAUACAUCAAAGAAGCACCGCAGACCGGCUCUGUUCAAAAGAGACUGGAGUAUCAAAAAACCAUUGAGUCAAUCCAUGAACCAGAACCAGAAGAACCUAACGAGCCUGAUGAAAUCGAGGAACAGGCUGAAGAAGUAAAUGAGGAAAAGCCAUUAGAGACGGUGGAAGAAAUACAGGAGAAGGAAGUGGAGCCUGAGUUGCAUCCUCUGAUUUCAACUGAAGCUACUGAUGAUUUGCUGGGUCUGAAGGAAAUAAAUUCAAACGCUCAAGAAUUGGAAGAUGGCAAUGCGUUGGCUCUUGCAAUUGCUCCAACUGGCGGAAAUAAUGUAAAUGAGCGUCGUUUGAACGACAUUGCUGGUGCUUCUAGUUGGGAACUUGCUUUGGUUACUGCACCGGGUAACCAUAGCAUUCAAACUCCAGAUGGCAAAAUGGCUGGUAGGUUUGACAAGCUAUUACUAGACAGUUUGUGUGAAGACGAACAUUCUAGGAGACAAUUUCAGUUCCAAAAUGCAGGCUAUGGACAUGAAGGAAUGAUUCUGCAGAACAAAUUUGAUCAAAACCAGAACCAGAACGAUCCGUUUGCAACGUCCAACAACAUAGCCCCUCCAACUAAUGUACAAUUGGCUUUAGCAGCUCAACAACAACAGCAUAAUACGAUGAUAGUCUCUCAUCAAUACCCUCCUCAGCAAAUGCAGCUUGUAGGUUCUAAUCCUAACCCGUUUGGAGAUCCCUUGCCCUCAUCAAGCUAUCCUCAAAGUUCAAUGCCUCAGCGAGGACAUUAUAAUUUAACGUAG